CCAAUGGACUUGUCCAAGGUAGUGGUACCCCAGGUAGCCUUCUCGGCCCCGCAGUAAAGCCAGCCCGGUCUCGUCCUUAAAAGGCGUCUUUUCUGAGGUUUAGCUCAUACUGAGAUCGGGGCUGAAGAGAGAUUCAGAUUUUGGAGCGGAGCGUUUGGAACGCGAGCCCCAGUUUGGUCCCCUCAUUGAGCUCACUGAAGUUGGCUUCCUAGCGGUGUAGGCUGGAAUAGACUCUUGGCAAGCUCCGGGUUGGUAUACUGGGUUAACUUUGGGAAAUGCAAGUGUUUAUCUCCAGGAUCUAGCCACCGGGGUGGUGUAGCCGCAAAGAAGUUCCACCAGGUGAGAAGAGUGAUGACCAUCCUUUUCCUUACUAUGGUUAUUUCAUACUUCGGUUGCAUGAAGGCUGCCCCCAUGAAAGACGCAAACAUCCGAGGACAAGGCAGCUUGGCUUACCCAGGUGUGCGGACCCAUGGGACUCUGGAGAGCAUGAAUGGGCCCAAGGCAGGUUCCAGAGGCCUGACGUCGUUGGCUGACACUUUUGAACAUGUGAUCGAAGAGCUGCUGGAUGAGGACCAGAAAGUUCGACCCAAUGAAGAAAACAAUAAGGACGCGGACUUGUACACUUCCCGGGUGAUGCUCAGUAGUCAAGUGCCUUUGGAGCCUCCUCUUCUCUUUCUGCUUGAGGAAUACAAAAAUUACCUGGAUGCUGCAAACAUGUCUAUGAGGGUCCGGCGCCACUCAGACCCUGCCCGCCGUGGGGAGCUGAGUGUGUGUGACAGUAUUAGCGAGUGGGUGACAGCGGCAGAUAAAAAGACUGCAGUGGACAUGUCGGGCGGGACCGUCACAGUCCUUGAAAAAGUCCCUGUAUCGAAAGGCCAACUGAAGCAAUACUUCUACGAGACCAAGUGCAAUCCCAUGGGUUACACGAAAGAGGGCUGCAGGGGAAUAGACAAAAGGCAUUGGAACUCCCAGUGCCGAACUACCCAGUCGUACGUGCGGGCCCUUACCAUGGAUAGCAAAAAGAGAAUUGGCUGGCGAUUCAUAAGGAUAGACACUUCCUGUGUAUGUACAUUGACCAUUAAAAGGGGAAGAUAGUGGAUUUAUGUUGUAUAGAUUAUAUUGAGACAAAAAUUAUCUAUUUGUAUAUAUACAUAACAGGGUAAAUUAUUCAGUUAAGAAAAAAAUAAUUUUAUGAACUGCAUGUAUAAAUGAAGUUUAUACAGUACAGUGGUUCUACAAUCUAUUUAUUGGACAUAUCCAUGACCAGAAGGGAAACAGUCAUUUGCGCACAACUUUCCAAGUCUGCAUUACAUUCCUCGAUAAUGUUGUGGUUUGUUGCCGUUGCCAAGAAUUGAAAACGUAAAAAAGUUUAAAAAAAAAAAAUAAAUUGCAUGCUACUUUAAUUGUGAAUUGAUAAUAAACUGUCCUCUUUAAAAAAACAGACAAAAACCAACAAAAAAAAAACAGACACACACACACAACAAAAAUUUGAACCAAAACAUUCCGUUUACAUUUUAGACAGUAAGUAUCUUCGUUCUUGUUAGUACUCUCUCUGUUUUACUGCUUUGAACUUCUGAUCGCGUUGGAAUUAAAACAAUGUCAAGGUGCUGUUGUCAUCGCUUUACUGGAUUAGGGGAUGGGGAUGGGAGGGGGUUAUUUUUGUUUGUUUUGUGUUUGUUUUGUUUUGUUUUGUUUUUUUUAAGUUUCCAUAGGGAGUAGGGAUGGGGAAAGAAUUCCUCCAAUAUAUGUUCUAGUUGAUAAAAGAUUCACUUGUAUAUUGUAAAGAUGUUGGCAGUAUCAAUCAGAUGACUGAGAAGUGAAUAAAAAAAAAUAAGGCAACUAAAUGAAAUGCUUGCACUCCACUUCCCAUGAUGCACCUCUCAGGCUCCGCUCACUCUUUUUGGGCAUUUUUGUCAGGGGAAGCUGCUUUUGUUGAAAAAAACCUUGUAUUUGCAUAGAGCACAUUCUUUCCCUCUCUUCCCUAUAGCCCCCCCUCCCUAUUUUUCCUUUUUUUUUCCUGUGGACAACUAUCAGUUGCCUUCUUUGAAAUACUUUAUUUACCACUGCUUUGAACAACUGAAAAAAAAUUGUCAUAUUGUGAUGUUCGUAUAAGCAUGGAGAACA